AUGGACCACAUCCGGUCACUACCGGCAUUGCACAAGGGCAACAAGGAGCUCCUGGUCUGGGUAGACCUCUUCACGGGUUUUGUGAUCGCAAAGGCAAGCGCGUCUCAAACGGCUCAAACCGUCGCGGAAUCGUACGAAGAAGCCGUCUUCAGACGAUCUGGCGCCAGCGAAGCGAUUCGUCACGACCGCGAGCCCGGUUUCAUGUCGGAUGUUUUCAGCGCCUUCAACAAGCUGAUGGGCUAG